CAGACCCCUCGAUUCACCGCCAAAGCUGCAAUAACUUUGCCCUUCAGUGCUUGACUUUGUUGCUUCUCGACUUCUCAUUUUUUCGAAUACAUACUUCAAAUCGUUCAUCCUUAUCAUGGAGGAAAUAGCUCCUGAGUAUGACGUCGUAGUGCUGGGCACCGGCUUGACGGAAUGCGUACUUUCUGGCGUUCUCAGUGUCAAGGGAAAGAAGGUCCUACACAUUGAUCGCAAUGAUCACUACGGAGGUGAGGCCGCUUCUGUCAACAUUGAAGCUCUCUUUAAAAAGUACGGAAACUAUAAUGCUGGUGAGGAGCCAUGGAAGAAAUACGGCCGAGUGAACGAUUGGAACAUAGAUCUCAUCCCGAAGCUACUCAUGUCGAAUGGAGAACUUACAAAUAUCCUCGUCUCGACCGAUGUGACACGAUAUCUCGAGUUCAAGCAAAUUGCGGGAAGCUAUGUUCAACAGGGCAACGGUCCCAAAGCUACCGUCGCCAAAGUCCCAUCGGACGCUGGAGAGGCGCUUCGGUCGCCUUUGAUGGGUAUCUUCGAGAAGAGACGGGCUAAGAAAUUUUUUGAAUGGGUUGGCAACUUCAAGGAGGAUGACCCUGUAACUCAUAACGGUCUGAACCUGAACACUUGCACGAUGAAGGAGGUGUACGACAAAUUUGGCCUGGAGGCCACAACGCGAGACUUCAUUGGACACUCUAUGGCUCUGUACUUGACCGACGAGUAUAUCAACGAAAAGGGCGCGGCCAAGGAAGCCGUAAUCCGUAUCCGACUCUAUGCUAACUCAAUGGCACGGUACGGGAAGUCGCCUUACAUCUACCCCCUCUACGGCUUGGGAGAGCUGCCGCAAGGAUUUGCACGUCUGUCCGCCAUCUACGGUGGUACAUAUAUGCUCAAUACCUCGAUUGACGAGAUUUUAUACGACGGUACCAAAGCCUCCGGCAUCCGAGCAACCAUGAAGGAACGUGGCGAAGAGGGCGAUGGCAUGAAGUUCACGACGAAGGCGAAGAAGAUUAUCGGAGAUCCUUCUUACUUCCCCGGCAAGGUCCAAGUGGUUGGCCAUGUGCUGAGAGCAAUUUGCAUUCUGAACCAUCCCGUUACCAGCACAGACAACAGCGACUCUGCUCAGAUCAUCAUUCCGCAGUCACAGGUGGGCCGAAAGAAUGAUAUCUACAUCGCUGUUGUCUCCUCUGCGCACAACGUCUGCCCCCGUGGAUACUACAUUGCAAUCGUCUCGACCAUUGCCGAAAGGACCAGUAACCACCAUGUCGAGCUUCAGGCUGGAUUUGACCGGCUGGGUAAGGUCGAGGAGAUGUUCUUGGGCCCUCCCAUUCCGCUCUACGAGCCUUUGGAAAGUGGCGUCAAUGAUAACAUCUUCAUCUCCAAGAGCUACGAUGCGACCAGCCAUUUCGAGACCACAACCGAUGACGUCAAGGAUAUUUAUCGUCGUGCCGAGGGGCAGGAGCUGGUUGUUGAAGGCCUGCGGGAAGGUCAAAAUCUGGUUGGUGAGGAAUAAGCAUAGGGACAAAGCCAGGCGUCUUUACUUCAGUGAUACAUAAUCUUCGUUUCAGAACAAUUGGAACACAUUCCAUGAUUGAUAAGUGAGAACAUGAUUCAAUUUUGCGUUGUUUUCCAAGCAGAUAGACACCUGUGUCAUAAUAUUUAAGUUUCAAUCUUCAGAGAGACUUUUCGCCCAC